AUGCUUCAGAGACUUGUUUCUCUCCUCUUGUUGGCCCUCAUGGCCUCGAUUGCCAUGAGCAGCCCUGUUGGUACGGGCAGUGCUUCAUCGUCUUCCGCUGUUUCUUCAUCGGUUGCUUCUUGUGGUGACAAGCUUGUCUUCUGCCAUUUCAUGAUCGGUAUCGUUGGCAACCGCAAGAGUGCCGACGAGUACGAUGCCGACAUGCGACGGGCAAAAGAGUCGGGUAUCGACGCCUUUGCCUUGAACAUUGGAACUGACCCAUACACUGACGAACAACUUGGUUUCGCGUACUGGUCUGCCGCUCGAAAUGACAUGAAAGUCUUCCUGUCAUUCGACUUCAACUGGUGGAGCCCUUCUAACCCCUCUGCCAUCGGAGCGAAGAUCGCACAGUUUGCCGGCCUUGAGGCUCAACUCAAGGUCGACAACAAGCCCUUUGUCUCGUCCUUUGCUGGCGAUGGCAUCGACCGCCAGUCUAUCGUCUCUGCCGCGGGUCGUGAUAUCUUCUUCGCGCCGAAUUUUCACCCCGGUCAAGGAGACUUCAGCUCUGUUCAGGGUGCCCUCAACUGGAUGGCUUGGCCCAGCAAUGGGUUUAACAAGGCACCUACUCCUGGCCAAAAUGUCACCGUUGCCGCUGGAGAUGAAGCCUACAUCCAUGCCUUGGCUGGAAAGCCGUACAUUGCUCCUGUCUCGCCCUGGUUCUCGACUCACUAUGGCAGUGAAGUCUCGUACAGCAAGAACUGGGUCUUUCCUUCUGACUUGCUGUGGUAUGAGCGCUGGCAGGAGAUCCUACAGCUCGGCCCUCGCUUUGUGGAAAUUGUCACCUGGAAUGACUACGGCGAGUCUCACUACGUUGGUCCCCUUUCGUCGCCACACGGUGACGAUGGCAAUUCGAAAUGGGCAAUGGAUAUGCCUCACAAUGGCUGGCUGGAUAUGGCCAAGCCUUACAUCGCUGCAUACAAGGCAGGGUCCACUUCACCCGGAGCAUUCGUCCAGGAAGACCAGCUUGUCUACUGGUACCGGCCCACGAAGCGAGACGUAAACUGCGACGCGACUGAUACCACGAUGGGAGGCGCAAAUAACGCCAGCGGCAACUUCUUCAUGGGACGCCCGAACGGCUGGGAAUCCAUGAAGGACGAAGUCUUUGUGGUUUCGCUGCUGAAGACCGCGGCUGAGGUCCAUGUCCAGUCUGGCGACCAGUCACGGACUUUCCAGGCCCCUGCUGGCAUCAACGCUCAUUCUGUGCCAAUGGGAGUAGGCAAGCAGAAGUUCGCCAUUACUCGGAAUGGAAAUACUGUUUUGUCGGGGACCAGUCUGAAGGAGAUCUCAGACUCCUGCAUCUGCGGUAUCUACAAUUUCAACGCUUAUGUGGGAACCCUGCCAGCACCAGCCACAGUUGACCGACUACUACCGGACGGGUUGGCAAUGUUGGCAAAGGGACUGAAGGUCGCGUGCCCGGCCAACACUCUCGGCGCCGCUCUUGCGACUGUGACUCACACUUAG